AUGUCCUUCAACACAGACAGACUCUCAAACAUUCUGUCCAGCAUGGAGGCAAAUACCUCGAAUCUAAAGUAUGCGAUGAAAAGCAGCAUACCCGAAAUACUCAAGAAGGACACGGGCGCAGAGCACGAAGCUGAAAUCAGAGCUCUCCGGGAGGAGGUGCAGCAGCUGAAAGAAAGAGCCAGGAAAGACGCAAAGGAGAAAGCAUCUGCAGGGAGCGAGCACGGGGCUUUCCUGGGCAAGGAGGUUGAAAGGCUGCAGGCCCUGAUAGCGGCUGAAAGAAAAGAGCAUUUGGCGCAGAAGGCGUGGGCUGAGGCAAAAAUAAAGUCGCAGCUCGCGGAGAUCCUCGACCUAAAGGGGGCGAUCCGGGUGGUUGCCCGCGUGAAGCCGUUUGUCUCGAAAGAAGAGGUUUUGAUCACCGAGGACGCGGUGGAAAUACCGUGCAAGUCCUUUGUAAGCCGGUGCAAUAAAGUCCUUUCGCCAAAGGCCACGCAGGAGGAGCUCUUUGCAGAGAUCGAGGACCUCGUGUACUCCGUCACCCGCGGGUACAGUGUGAGCGUGCUCGCAUACGGGCCAACAGGAAGCGGAAAAACCUACUCGAUGGAGGGCCCUUCAGGCCUGGGGGCGCACUGCAAAAGCAGCGCUGGAAUCGUGCAGAGAAGCACGGAGAUGCUCAGAAGCGAGCUGAAAAGGCUGGAGUCGGCCGGAUAUGCGCACAGUGUGAGUGUUUCUGCGGUGGAGCUGUACAACGACAAGGUGAUAAAGUCGGUCAGCGAUGCCUCCGGGGUAGAGCACAUCGAGGAAACUUUCCGGAAGGUCUCCGCCAGCAGAAAGGUCGGAAGCACGGAGUGCAACUCCAGGAGCAGCAGGAGCCACUUGGUCCUCAAAAUAUGCGUGGCCCUGCAGAGGGAGAGCGAGACAGGGGCGCUGGAGUGCAUCCGGGGAAGCCUGUGCAUUGCGGACUUGGCAGGCUCUGAGCGGCUGAAUCACUCCAAGGCCGAGGGCGAGCGAAUGAAGGAGGCCGUGGAGAUAAACAAGAGCCUGACUGCGCUGGGAGACGUCGUAUACUCAAUUGCCACGAACAGCGCGCACAUCCCGUACAGAAACUCCAAGCUGACGACUCUGCUGAAGGAUACGCUGGGCCCGGGGUCAAAGACUGCGUU